UGAUCUCUGCCUGACAUGACGUACCUUUUGUUGUGGCUUUUCUUGUGUUCAUUGGGAUGUUGCCAUUUGGCACAUUCCAUGUUUUUGGAGCAGCCCUGUGGAAAAGCGUUAGUCCCGAAAAUUGUAGGCUUUAACGCAAGUCAACUGUAUGCUCAGUAUAUAGCAGGCAUUUUUAAUACAACACAUUUGCUGUGCGGCGGCACGAUUAUUCACAAAGACUUUGUUUUAACGGCUGCUCAUUGCAACAAUGCACAAACGCUAUUCGUGAGACUUGGAGCGUACAACAUUCAACGCCCGACCGAUGAGAUUCGUGUGAUCGAAACUAUAGCCCAUCCAGAAUACACCAAUAGCACUUAUGUGAACGAUAUAGCCCUGCUGAAGUUGGAGAGGAGUGCGAUAUUUAACAUUAAUAUUCAACCAAUAUGCAUUUACUUGGACGCAACAUUGGGCAACCAAAUUCGCUAUUAUAAUGCCUUUGGAUGGGGAAAAACAAAAAAUGCCGCUCAAAGCGAUAUACUUCAAAGUGUUUUCCUUUAUCGAACCAACCCUAUGUUAUGCCAAAACAAUUUUGGUGUGAUUCCCGAUUCGAAACAGAUAUGUGCGACUGGCCAAGAAGGAGAUACAUGUGCCGGCGAUUCUGGCGGUCCGUUGAUAGCCAAAAUCAAUUACCAAAGCAAGAUUUUCGACACGCAGUUCGGGAUUAUCAGUUAUGGCUCCAACGAAUGCGAUGGAUUGGGUCUCUAUAUCGAUGUCUCACAGUAUAGCGGCUGGAUUGCAAACACGGUUAGGGGCAAUCGGGAUCGAGAUGUGGUCAGUCGCAGGGAGAACGGUAGGUUGCUGUAUGCUGACUGCACUGGCGAUUCCAUGGGAUCCAUUCUAAUGGCCACCAUCUUUGGACUUCAAACAUACGCGAAGGGUGUGCUGAUCACCGACCGCCAUGUCCUGACCACUGCGGACGUUUCUCGAGCCGAUCCCUACUCCUUAGGCAUUGUUGUGAUGGGUAUGGAAUUCCAAGUUAGCACGAUUUUUAAGCCGUUUACCAACAUUAACAUAUCACUGAUUGGCCUGACGCGUCGGUUGGAAAUCAGAGGUACAUUGAGACCGAUCUGCAUUCUGAAGACUACAAACCUCGAUGGUUCUUUAAGUAUCACUGGCACCGAUCAACAUGGCUUAAGCAAGUACGUUAUAAAUGUGCAAACCCUUAAAUGGCAGUUGUGUGAACAUGAGUUGGGGAAAAAUAUCCAACCGAAUCAGUUUUGUGUGAAAAACAUUUUCAAACCAAAUGCACUUCAGGCAUUUGGUACAGCUGGCGAUAUAUUGGUUAAAAAAAUAUUACAUGCUUCGGGCAUGCCACAUAUCGUUCUAUUGGGCUUGGUAGAAGUUUCGUACAAUGACGUAUACGUAAUAACCAGUACUAUGGCAAAUACAGAGUGGAUCUCGGAAAUAGUAGGCCAGAAUGGAUAGGGUAUCCGGAUUAUAGUCGAUUCAAUCGAAAUUCGAAUCGAAAACUAACCAAGCCAUCAUUUUAAUUUUGAGUAAAUAAAUUUAAUAACACAAGGUCAUUUCAGUUCUCACAACAUUUAUUAGCUAUUUAGUUUAAGUUUGUGUGUGUGAAACAAGCAUAUAUUAUAUUUAUUAAGGGCAAACUUAUCACCAAUCACACUUGACUAUUUAAGUCGAAAAAAUGCAAUCGCAUAUGCGAACGA